ACCCCCUAGCCUGGUUUUUGCUCAUCAGAACUAUUUCUUCCUCCUCACUCUCUCACUAGCACGGACCAUAUUUUCUCAGAACCUUCCUGCUGAGACUCGGUUUCUCUGCCUUUCCUUCGGUGCGGUUCUGAUCUCUCCUAGGGCAUCCAGAUCGCUGGCAUCAAUAUUGGUCUUUCACUAAGAAGGAGAAAAAUACAAGUAAUGCCGGAAAAUGUUUUCGCGUGCUAGAAGGCCACCUUGCUUCAGAAUUUGCAGGGUAGCUUUUCAAGAAGCUGAAGCACAAAAUUUGUUCCACGAUGGGUCUAGAUGUGGCAGCUCAACCGUGUACCAUCUUGGUGGACAUGGUUGAAACAAUCUGUCACCUGUAGGCUCCCUUCACAGCGUUGAGUCCUCUGGGUCAGUUCUCACCGUCUCAAGUUAGAACAGCGCUACCUUCUGUGCUCGUUGCAAAUUGAGCGGCAAUAUGGGAGAACAAAAGGGAAAUAUUUUGAUGCAGAGAUAUGAGAUAGGAAGAUUACUUGGUCAAGGGAGCUUUGCUAAAGUUUACUAUGGCCGUAAUCUCAAGACUUCACAGAGCGUUGCCAUUAAGGUGAUCGACAAAGAGAAGAUCUUCAAGUGUGGGCUUAUGGAUCAAGUAAGGCGGGAGAUAUCGGUGAUGAAGUUGGUAAAACAUCCCAACAUAGUCCAGUUGUAUGAGGUGAUGGCCACAAAGACGAAGAUAUAUUUUGUGCUAGAGUAUGUGAAGGGAGGCGAGCUGUUUAACAAGGUUCAGCGUGGAAGGCUGAAAGAAGAUGUUGCUCGCAAGUACUUCCAGCAGCUAAACAGUGCAGUUGACUUCUGUCACAGCAGAGGGGUCUAUCACCGUGAUUUGAAGCCUGAAAAUCUUCUUCUUGAUGAUAACCGCAACUUAAAGAUCUCAGACUUUGGUUUGAGUGCACUUGCAGAAUGCAAGAGACAAGAUGGAUUGCUCCACACAACUUGUGGCACUCCUGCAUAUGUUGCUCCUGAACUGAUUUGUAAAAAGGGUUAUGAUGGUGCAAAAGCUGACAUCUGGGCUUGUGGAGUGAUCUUAUAUGUGUUGUUGGCUGGUUAUCUUCCUUUUCAAGACAAGAAUUUGAUGGAUAUGUACCGGAAGAUAUACAAAGCAGAACUCAAAUGGCCAAGUUGGUUUUCUUCGGAAGCCCGGAGGCUUUUGCGUCGCAUUCUUGAUCCAAACCCUGGUACGCGUAUCUCGUUUUCAGAGAUCUUGGAAAAUCCUUGGUUUAAAACAGGUCUAGAUUCAGAGCUAAUUAAUUAUAGCAUACAAACUGAGGAUGUUGUUCAUGUUGACAUGGAUCCGGUUUUUGAUCCAUUCAGUAGCAGUACAACUAAGACCACAAGAGAAGAAGAGAACCUCACCAAUUUGAAUGCCUUUGACAUCAUUUCUCUUUCAUCUGGUUUUGAUCUCUCUGGUAUGUUUGAGGACAACUCCAACAAAGAGUCAAAAUUUACAUCUACCAGCACAGCUGCAGCAAUCAUCACAAAGCUUGAGGACAUUGCAAAGAGCUUGCGGCUAAAGCUCAUGAAGAAAGAUGGUGGGUUGUUAAAGAUGGAGAGUUUGCAACCGGGAAGGAAAGGUGUAAUGUCCAUCAAAACUGAGAUAUUUCGGAUCACACCAAACUACCAUCUGGUGGAAAUCAAGAAGACCAAUGGUGAUACUCUAGAGUAUGAGAAGGUUAAAAAUGAUAUGAGGCCAGCUUUGAAAGAUAUUGUUUGGGCUUGGCAAGGUGAGCAGCCCCAACAGCAGUGUGACAAGUAAAUACACACAAGAGUGUGCAAUAUCUCCCUGUCAGAAUCAAUAAUGUAAUUCUCUAAUUUUUUAGGUAGUUUAACAUUUUUCAAGGUCGUGUUUUCGGUACAGGAUGUUACUUUUGUAUUGACCAUUCAACUGAAAACAUGACUACAUUCACUUUGGCGCAUGCUAUAAAUUAAGGAAUUUAUGUCA